AUGAUAGAAGAGUAUUCGGAUGACGAAAUAACUGAGGGCGAUGGGAAUUCAGAAAUAGCUUUACUCGGUAGUUUUACAAAUGCAAGCAGUAAUGAACAUCUUGAUCUGUCGCACGAGCCAGAAAAUUAUGAUUCUGGUUUAGAUAUGGAAUCACAUACAACAUUUGACAAAACCAUAGCAGCAAAACAUGAAUACUUAGGAACCGAUUUAGAAGAUGUUGGGGGUAGGAUUUUUCACGACGAAGGAUCAAUUAUAUGGUUGCCGAUAUUAAUGGAAUUAGAAGUAGUCUUGGUUCCAGGUCAAACAUUGCCAUUAACUGCUUUUUAUCCCCCUACUGUUUCUAUGUUUAGAAAAAUUAUUUCUAAAGAUAAAACAUUCGGAGUAGUUUGUGUCAAUAACUUUGCUCAAUAUGGCACUACAGCUGAAAUUUUUCAAUAUCAAGAAAACAGUGAUUUAGCAGGAUUCAAAAUUAAAGCUAAAGGGAGGCAAAGAUUUAAGUUACUGGAACAGAAACAUCAAUCCCCUGGAUUAUUAUCAGGCAAAGUUCUCAUUUUGCCAGAAAUUGAAUUAGUUGAUCCAUUACAAGCAAUUAGACUUUUAUCUUUAGAUAGAUUUCGCAAAAAUUCAUCUACUAAAUUGAAAAUUAGGUCUUUCGAUGGUGCUUCCUUUUCAUGGCCAUCUUGUAUAUAUAAACAAUAUGACAUUAAAUUUUUGGUUAAAAAAAUUUCUGAAAAAUUAGAAGUUUUUCAAACAGAUUUAGAAGGCUCUGUUUUACCAACUGAUCCUUUAGAUUUAUCAUAUUGGGUGACUCAAUGUUUGCCCAUCGAUCGAGAAAAUAGGGUUAAACUUCUCAGUUUUGAUUCUGCUUUGGAAAGACUUCAGUAUGCUCUAACACUUAUUGACAAGUGUCAAAAAUUGUAUUGUGCUAGUUGUGGGAAUUGCAUAGCGGAUAGGAAAGACAUAUUUUCCAUGUCUGUUGAAGGACCACAAGGAAUGUACUGCAAUCCUGGGGGUUACGUUCACGAUGUUAUUACCGUUUACCAUGGGAUGGGAAUGAGUGUGGAAGCUGAAGCUCCUACUACAAAAUAUAGUUGGUUUCCUGGAUAUGGAUGGAUAAUAUCUCAAUGUUCAAAUUGUGAUUCGCAUAUAGGAUGGCUUUUUACGGCUAUGAAAAGCAAUUUAAAACCAGUAAAAUUUUGGGGUUUGUCUAAGAAAUCUAUUACGACUCAUCAAAAAAGUUUUCUUGGAUCUUUGGUUUGA